AUGUCGAUACGGAUCGCCCUCGAAAACCCUCCCGAGUUCUACACGAACCUGGACAUUAUCCGCGGCCAGGUCGUCCUCACUCUCAGUCGUCCCGAACAGAUCGGAGGUAUCAUCGUCAAACUCGAGGGUGAAGCCAAGUCGGCCUUGGGAGUACCCGCCGAUGGCUCAGGGACUGGCAUCGCUCAGAGGGAGCGCACUCCAACCGGCGAUGUUAUCUACGAGAACCACAAGAUCCUAUACAAAGUCACCCAGGCCUUCCCCGACGAAAAGACCAACGCCUUGCCACAGCCCUAUGUCCUAGCCGCCGGCCAACACAGAUUCCCCUUCCAGUUCAAGUUUCCCUUUAACAAUGCUUGCGGUGAUCCUGUCGCCAUGGCCAAACUAGGAGGCCUUUCCGGUGCCGGUGGAAUAGCAUCGGGUUCUGGCUUGUUCGGUCUCGGUGGCAUUCGUGUUAUGGACGGCACCAAGCAGCUGAUGUACUCCCAUGUCACAAAGACGCUCCCACCCAGCUUCACCGGAUUCCCAGGCCAGUGCGAGAUCCGAUACUAUGUCAAGGUUACCAUUCAAAGACCGGGCUUUUUCAAGGAGAACUGGAGGAUGCAGACCGGCUUGAAAUUUCUUCCCAUCGAGCCUCCAAGGCCGCCCAAGACGAACCAUGAAGCCUAUGCCAGACGACCCUUUGCAUUCCGUCCACGAAGCCCAAGAACAAACGCGUCUUCCAAGAAACGGGCUUCUUUCUUCAGCGGGUGGACUGGGAGUAGCAACGCAGGGUCAUCUUCAGCCCCAACAACAACGGCUGAUGGGAAGCUUGCAACAGAGCCCGAAGUCCCUCCGUCGAUAGAGAUGUCCGCUCGACUUCCUCACCCUGCCAUCAUCACUUGCAACCAACCGAUUCCACUUCGUCUCAUUGCAAAGAAGCUUGCGGGAUCGGACGCAGAGAUCUUCCUAACAGCCAUCCAGAUCGACCUGAUUGGCCAGACCGAGGUCAGAUGUCACGACCUGAUCAACACAGAGACUAGUCGCUGGGUGAUUGUAUCACGACAGGGACUCAGCAUUCCCGUUUCGAGACUAGGAGACCCUGCAGGGACAGAAGUUGUCCUGCCCAACGACAUCUGGUGCAACCAACCUUUACCAAACACCGUUAUGCCGAGCUUUGUCACAUGUAACCUCAGCCGUGAAUACCAACUCGAAGUCAAACUCGGUCUCUCCUGGGGCAAACCCGUCGCCUCUAUCUCUCACGCCACCACCGCCUCUUCCAUUUUCGGCCGCAACAAGAACGAAGGCACCGAUCUCGCCCAAGAAAUCCACCUCCCACUGCACUUUUCUUCCGUAGAAGUCUACUCCGGCAUCGCCCCGCCCGCCGCCCUCAUCGAGGCCAUGAAGCAAGGCAAGAACAAACGUACUCAGUCUCAGCGUCCACCAUCGCAACCAGCGCGUCCCACCACCUCCUCCUCCUCCGCCGGAACCGGUCCUUCAACAGCGCCACAGCAACAGCCGCCAGCUCUCCCCCCACGAACCAACACCGCCCAGCCAUCCACUGCUGCAGGGACGGCUGCGGGAGUGGUGGUGCCGCCGCCUGCAGACCCCUUGUACCCACCGCAACUGGCGCCAGGAGAGAUGGAGCCGCCGUAUGACGACGCGCCGCCGAGCUACGACGAGGCAAUGGCGGAGAUUAUGAGUGGGCCAGUGAUUCCCGAUGGGAUGCCCAGGCCGGCGUAUAGUGGGGUGACGAAUGAGAAUGAGCCGAGUACGUUGCCUGCUGGUGGGAAUGAGAAGAGUUAG